GUCCUAGAUUUUGGUGUGAUUUUGAUGUGGGGUGUAGGCUGUAAAAUUUGGAAUUCUUAGCAUUUACGAACGCUUUUAAAGAAAACAUGACCGCUGAACAUUGUUAAAGUGAAGGUACUAUUAAGUUACUAUGUAAAAAGCUCUUGAGGUCAAGGACAAGCGUGUGUAUUUGGUCACUUAUCUGUGAACACUGCCAUUUAAAAAAAUUGAUUUUAACGCAAUUAUAUGACCAGUCAUGGGUCUGUAUUCUUGGUUAGAGAAAAAGGAAGGUGGAUUUUGGGGAGUUGUGGUUGUUUUUUCUGCAUUCAUGAUACAGAUCCCAUCGUUUGGAACGGCUCAGAGUUUUGGCAUCUACAACAUGUUCUUCCUGCGUUACUUUGAUGACAGUCCAGCAGCCAUCUCUCUUAUUGGAUCAAUCAAUGUUGGGGUAUUCCUGGGAUCAGGUCCUAUUGCCACAAUUCUGAUGAACCAUAUGAGCCACAGAAAGGUGGCACUGAUUGGAGCCACCCUUAGUUGUAUUGGUCUGAUUGGCUUGCCAUUUGCUCCUAACAUCAUAUACAUGUAUGGAUUUUAUGGUGUUCUCAGUGGUCUAGGAUUUUGCUUGGUUUAUGUACCCUCUCAUGUGUUAUCAGGGUUGUACUAUGACACAAAGCGUAGUUUAGCCACAGGACUAGCCACUAGUGGUUCUGGAGUAGGAGCAAUCAUUUUUCCAAUAUUGGUAAAUUUUUUAGUCGACAAAUAUGGAUGGAGAGGAUCGUUUUAUAUUGUAUGUGGAAUCAGUAUGCAGAAUUUUAUUUUUGCCAGUUUACUCCGACCAGUUCCAGAAAGCCUUAAACAGAAGUACGAAAAAGCAGCUCAAGACAGAGAAAUUGAAGUCGAAAAUCUUGAAAAAGAGCCUGAAGAAACAGAAUCUGAAAUAAAUUCAAAAGAUUCAGAAAAGCUUUAUACAAAGGCAUCUUCUGUUCAAUUAUUGUCCUAUGCUAGAAAAAUGAGCUUAGAGGAUGAAAUUAAAGAGAAAGAAAAAAAAUCAGAAGGCAAAUCAGAUAUUAAUCCAAAUGAAGGUAUUGCAUUAGAAAAUGUUCAAUUACAGAAAAAAACGCAUCAAACAAACACAGAGAUUUUAGAGGAUGAAGCCAAUGAAGUACAAGAUGGAACACAUACUGAAAUAGUAAUUCCUGGCAGUCCAACAAGACUACUUAAAGACGAGACAAAAGGCAGCAUGGAGUUUGAGACUUGUAAGAAAUGUGAUGCACCCAGAAAUAGCUUGAACGAAGUGGAACAACUUGCUAUGACAAAGAAAAGCACAUGUUCUAUAUUAUUUAACUAUGCAUUCAUUAUUUUCUUUGCAAACAAUAUCUUAUGGAACAUGGGUAUGGUGAUAAUACUUCUGUUUGGACCUCAGUACUUUCUGACCAUUGGAUUAACUGAACAGUCUUCAGCAUCUAUUUUUAGCAUUGGUGGAUUUGGUGCCUUUUUUGGAAGCAUCUUAGGAGGAAUUGUUGGAAAUAUUCCCAAAUUACGUCUUGACAUUGUUUAUAUAGUCAUCACAGUUUUGACAGGCAGCUUUUGUCUUUUAUUUCCGAUUUCAGCAUUCCAUAGCUUUGGCGCACUGGCCAUAAUUUAUGUUGCCUUCUCUGUGAUGGCUAACAUUAUAAUGGGGUUGUUAAUUGUUGCAGUUGCAGCAAUAGUUGGACCAGAUGCUCUUGGUACUGGUAUGGGAUAUGUCAUGCUUGCCAAUGGGAUUGGAAGUAUAGCAGCACCUCCACUAAUAGGUUGGGUAUUUGAACAGACAGGAAGUGUAGAGAUUGCUUUCUAUAUUGGUGGUGGAUGUAUCAUACUGGCUGGAUUACUUAUUAUACUGAUACCUGUUCUUGAUUACUUCUAUUUAGAGCCCAAACCAAGUAGAAGGAAACCAGAAAAGAUUCCAAAAGAAUGUUUACAUGUGUAUUGCAUGUAGUUAAUGAUGUUAUUAUAAAAAAAAUAAGAUUUAUAUACGUUUAGAAAUAGAUCCCUGAUUCAGAUUUUACCUUUUUGUUUGUUAAACCUUAUACAAUGUUAUAAAAUUUAAUAUUGAAUUGUAGUUCACAUAUUUUUUUAUGUUGAAAAUGCAGAUUUUAAAUCAUGUUUUUUAUCAUGAUAACAGGCACUGUGCCACAUUAAUGUUUUAAGUUUACACCAAUGGGCAUUACUAGAUUUGUAAGAAAAUCUUGAGAUUUAUUAUUUGUUUUUGUAUAUUGUUUUUUCAAUAUAUAGCUACCUAGCCUCUAAGAAGGUUCAUUGAUUGUAAUAACUACCUCACAUGAAAAAAAAAACCCACCAAAGAUGUUCUUUUGAAUAAUGUAAAUUCUACCUCAAUGUUUAGAUUAUGAGAUUAAAAGAAAUUUAUUGUGAUUCUUGUUAUUAUUUCCAUUUAGCUUCUUAUUAUACAAAAAAGUGACAAAGCUGAGGUUCUCAUUCCACAUCUCCUGUUUUAUAUUAUAGUUUUUAAUAUAUUUUUAAAAAGCUCAAUUUGAAUAAUUCUAAUCUUUUUUACAUUAGUAUUAAGGUUAUUUUGUUAUUUUUGAUUAGAAAAACAAAUCAUACAAAGCUUAAGUCAGUGAGAAGCUAGCUACCAGUAUAUAUUUUUUUGUUGGCCUUUCAAAAAAAAAUAUCUGAAGUUAAAAAAUACUUGAACCACAAUAUCUUUUCUAGUUGAAUGUCUGUUGUUAUUACCUGUAAACCUCAAAUAAAGUUAUUUUUUAUUUAUACUAAAAUUUUCAUGGAUUUUAUUGAAUUUUUAAUAAAUUCUUAUAUUUAUAUUAAUUAUUAUACACUUAUUAGUAUGUAAAUUGUAAAUGUUAUAUUAUCAAUGGCAAUCAUGAUUUAAACUUUACUUGUAUGAUGUCAUGUCAUCAAUGUCAGUCACUGUUGCACCAAAGUGUGUAAAACUUACAAAGUGUACAUAAAAAACAUAGCUUUUUCAAUAUCACAAACUUAACCAAGACAAUCCCUCAAACAGAGCUCUUUGGUUUAUUUAUAUUAGUGUAUUUUAAAAGUUGAAACAGGUAUGCUAUUGAAAAAGUCAUAUGCUAUUUUUGAUAAAGUGGAAAGUCAUAUGGAGUGUUGUACUGUAUAUAAAACGACUUUUUUCAAUAUCACACCUAUACCAAGCUGAAACACCAACAUUGUAAAUUUAAUACUAAUUUUUCUGCACUAGUGAUUGCAUGAUUUUACUGUGUGAUGUUUUUUUGAUACAAACAGUUUUAUAUUUAUGUACUUUAUAUAUUAAUUCUGAACUAACAUUGGAUCUUUCUAUGAAAUUUCCUUUUUCUAUUGCUGAAAUAUAUUUGUUUGUGUUGGUGAAAAUAC